UGAUUUUUCUUUUGAAACAACUUGUCCUUGGGAAGAAACUGAUGUUGUUUAUUAUCGUUAUUUCUUUUCUCAUCCAGCACCGAAGACUUGUAGCCCCAAACAGUUUGCAUGCAAAGAUCAGAUUACGUGCAUAUCUAAGGGCUGGCGCUGUGACGGGGAGAAGGAUUGUCCGGAUGGCUCGGAUGAAUCUCCCGAGAUAUGUCCCCAGAGCAAAGUGUCCCGCUGCCAACCCAACGAGCACAACUGCCUGGGCACCGAGCUCUGCAUCCACAUGAGCAAACUCUGCAAUGGCCUCCACGACUGCUUCGACGGCUCCGACGAGGGGCCGCACUGCCGGGAACAAUUGGCCAACUGCUCGGCACUGGGCUGCCAGCACCACUGUGCACCGACCGUGUCCGGCCCCGUCUGCUACUGCAACCACUCCUUCCAGCUGGCCGAGGACCGGAGGAGCUGCAGAGAUUUUGAUGAAUGCACCGUGUAUGGGACCUGCAGCCAGACAUGCACCAACACAGAGGGCUCCUACACGUGCAGCUGUGUCGAGGGGUAUCUCCUGCAGCCCGACAACAGAUCCUGCAAAGCCAAGAACGAGCCCGUGGAUCGCCCUCCCGUGCUGCUCAUCGCCAACUCCCAGAACAUCCUGGCCACGUACCUGAGCGGAGCCCCCGUGCCCAACAUCACCCCCACCAGUGCCAAGCAGACCACGGCCAUGGACUUCAACUACGUGGAGGACACGGUGUGCUGGGUCCACGUGGGUGACAGUGCCUCCCAGACCAUCCUCAAGUGCGCCAAGAUCCCCAACCUGAAGGGUUUUGUGGAGGAACGGUCCAUCAACAUCUCCCUGAGUCUGCACCGUGAGUGCCCGCUCCCCUCAGGACCCCCAUCCCCAAUUCCUUGUGACUGCCCUGAUGUCCCCAGGCUGUGGGGGGUGAAAUUGGGGAGGAGGCAGCUUUCCACAG